UAUUUCGACAAUCUCGGACCGGAAAUGUGUUGUUAUUUAUCUUCCGUUUUGGAUCGUGGACAAUGAAAACGAGUCUUUUGCUGAGUUUUCACAGAAUUACUUUAAUUUUAAUCGUGUGUUUUAUAUUUUAUGUCUUGUGGAAUUUAAAUGGUAAAACAGGUGGGAUGCGUGACCAAACGCUGGACUAUUUCUUCAGUCGGAGUUUUGUAACGAGGAUGGACGCUGCCGAGGUUAGCUGGUCGCAUGCAGUGAACAGCAGGAGCAGGCUGGCGGAGGCGCUCACAGGUCCUUCUCUUAUGAUUGAAGCUGACAUUGUCAUGAGAGGUCGUGAUCCCAAAGAGCCAAUCAUGGCACAUCCCCCUGAUACAGACAGUGACAUCACUCUGAGGGAAUGGCUGGAGAGAGUGAAAGAGUACGGCAAGGGGAUAAAGCUGGACUUUAAGAGCAUGGAGGCUGUGUCAACAUCUUUAGUCCUGCUGCAGGAAGUGCUGACUGAGCCAUACCGUCCUGUGUGGAUCAACGCAGACAUCUUCUCGGGUCCUGGGGGGCAGAUCGGACCUCUGGAGCAUCACACCUUCCUCUCUGUUGUGACUCAUCUUCCCUCACACACUGUGCUGUCUCUGGGCUGGACUACAGGAUGGACUGCUGGGACAGAUAAUCCAGGUAAACAUACCUCAUCACCAUUGCCUUUUUGUACACUGAGAACUCAAUUUUAUUGAUAAUACAAGAAUAAUAACAUGUAAACAAAUGUAUUCAGAUUAUGGCUGGGUAUCGUCACUGAUUUCUGGAAUCAAUUCAAUUUGAUUAGAUUUGAAUCGAGGAAAUUUUGCCUCAGACAGUCAGA